CGAUUGCGGUUUCGCCCUAGAACUGUUUCCACGGCCCACACGCGCGGCCCAAGCAGGAGGAUCACUCCGCGAUGACCGAUCCCAAGCACAAAAGCACGGUCAACAUCACGACAGGGGCGCAUGUCCGCCGGCAGAUCCCGGACUGGGAACGCAAGUUUCAGUGCCCCCAUCCGCAUUGCGGCAAACGAUUCACGCGCAAGUUCUCCAUGACCGAGCACAUCAAAACGCAUACAGGCGACAAACCACACGAGUGCACAGUUGUGGGAUGCGGGAAGAAGUUUACGACGGCAGGCAACCUCGCGCGGCAUCGCAAGAUCCACGACGGGCUGUUCAACGACAAGGCAGACGCGUUGUCGCCGUCAUCUUCGUCGUCGUCGACGUCGAACCGAUUGGUGUCCAGGCGAUCGUCCGAGUCGUUCCCGCAGCUACAAGCGAGGACCCCGCCGGGUCUCUGUCACGCUGCGUCCAUCGACUUUCACAACCCCACACUUCAGAGCCAUAUUGAUUCGCACCAUCCCACGCAUCCCUCGUCGGCGAUCUCCGCUCAUUUGCAGAAACGUCGUGCAUCGCUGCCUGCCACUCUCCUUGGUGCACACGUGCGCUACCAACCUCCACACCACCCCGACGCGAUCCUGGGGAACAACAACGACGACCACCUUCUCUUUGACGAGGCAACAAUCCACCGAGCGAAGAUGGAUGCAAUCCGAGAUUUUGAAACGGGGCACAACCCCAUGAAUAAGUUUCAUCAGCACCACCAACAGCCUCAAACGUCAUACUGCCAGCAGUCGACGUGGAAUAUGCCGUCUCAGCAAUCAUGUUUCGGCAAUACGAACAACUACAUGAAGCACACGCGGAGUCAGAGCUUGACGCACCAGCAACUCCACUCGCACCUCCAGGCCAUGCAGCAGCAGCAGCCGUAUGGGUUCAAGUUUAUGCAUGGAGCCAACGGGUCAUCCCAUGAAAGAGGCCCACAACCCACAGACGUCGAUUUUCUCCUUCAGGAAGACGACGAGGACAACCAGAUGAAGACGUCGCCGGUCGAGUUGAAAGGGCUGCCGAGGCCAUCGCCGUGGUCGUCUUCCAGCGGAUACAAUGGUGGCGCGUUGCCGCAACGAUCGUUUGACCCCGAGAUGAUUCCACCCCCGCUGGAUUUCGACGGAAGCUUCAACAUGAAUGAUCCAUUCUUCGACGAGAACGCCAUCAUCGACAUGCUCUUUGGCGGCGACCGAAACGACCUUCCACAACAGCAGCACCCGACGCAAGUCGAGCCAACAGUCACGAUAUUUCACCAAGAACAACCAACGUUUGGCGGAAGGGCUUAAACAGUCAAAGGAGACGAUAGGUAGUAGCAGGUAGCGCACACCGGGUGUAGCACAGUCACGAAGGGCGCAGGUACACACGUGGUAAAUGGACAAAUAUACGUAAAGGGAUGAUUCAUUCACAAGCUUAAAUACAAUGGGUGGACGCUUCCAGAGACCUACAAGUCUGUUUUUGUCGAGUGGAUCGGCGCUGCUACAGGGAUGGCGACGUGGGCCGGUUGGACCAGCAGAUCACUGUCGCUUGUGGCUCGUCUCCGUUCCCGUAUCUUCGCAAGCAAUACCUCGCGUCGAGUCUUCCACGAGCAAUAGGCAUACGCUCCCAUGGCAACAAGCACAGCGAACGCAGAGAUGUACGUGAGGACGAGCACCGCAGAUGCCAUGCACUCUCUUUGCAGGUUCAACC